AUGAACUUCCAGUACAGCCCACUCGAAGAUGCUGCAGCCCAAAUCCGCUUGGUCACGAUAUGCUCCUUCGACAUCACAACGGAAAUGAUUGAGCUACACAUUACAUCCCAUUUCAUUCGAGAUGCGCCCGAAUUUGUUGCUAUUUCAUACACCUGGGGCAGUCCCUCCAAUCUUUCCUCGAUCUCGCUCAACGGUACUUGCUUCCAAGUUCGUGAGAACUGUUACAAGGCUCUCCUACAAUGCCGACAGCAAAACAUCAAGCAGUACAUCUGGAUCGACUCUAUCUGCAUCAACCAAGACAAUGUCGACGAGAAAGGCCCCCAAGUAGCCAUGAUGUCGACUCUGUACAGGAACGCGUCGCGGGUCCUUGUCUCUAUCCAGCCAUCGCUUCGUAGCGAGCCAAGGGUUGGAAAUGUUGACCCGACGGCCCUUGUUGCAUUAACGAACGUGAUCAAGGAAGGUCUGCUUUCGAACAGGCCCCGUUCGGCCAACCACGAUAGGGACAACCUCGAUUCCCUUGUGGAUGAAGGAGGCACCCUCCUUGCAGAAAGAAGGCUGCCUCUUCGUGAUGCCAUCAAUGGGAUCGUUGGAGCCGAGUACUGGACUCGCUUAUGGAUUUUGCAAGAGCUAGCCAUGUCAAAACAGGCCUACUUGAUGCUCUACGGCGAUUUGGUCGACCUGGAGGCUCUAUACCUCUUGACGCGUAUUAGUGAUCGACUCGAGAGGGAGGCACUUGGGGAUAACCCUGGUGGUGAGCCAGAUGAGGGCCCCGGCGGUAGUGCAGACCAGAACCAAGACGACAACUCGGACGCCACUCCCGCAGAGCUACUAGAUUCAACUAGCAACACUCCGAUGGGACUUGCGUUAGCAGUCAGGUACAUGGCACCUGAAAGCAGCGGACUAGAUCUGGCCGGAGUCUUGGUUCGAUACUCUGCUUGGCGAUGCUAUGACCCCCGGGAUCGCAUUUACGGCACAAUGGCUUUCAUUCACUGGCCAGGGAAUAGGCCGAUACAAGUUGACUACUCCAUGUCCAAGGCGGAGCUUGCAUGCAGCUUGUGA